AUGGGUGUUCUCGGGAUUUCGAGAUCCCGUGGGAAGCUUCUGGAUGUUGAUUCCCCCCCCGCAUGGUUCCCCUUCCCUUUCCAGAAGAACACCAGGGAAGUGGUGGCCAUCAAGUGUGUGAACAAGAAGAGCCUGAACCGGGCAUCGGUGGAGAACUUGCUGACUGAGAUCGAGAUCCUCAAGACCAUCCGCCACCCACAUGUUGUGGAGCUGAAGGACUUCCAGUGGGACAGUGACAACAUUUACCUCAUCAUGGAGUUCUGCGCUGGGGGGGACCUUUCCCGUUUCAUCCGGAUGCGGAAGAUACUCCCAGAGAAGGUGGCGCGGCUCUUUCUGCAGCAGCUGGCCUGGGCCCUGAAGUUCCUCCACGACAGAAAAAUCUCCCACCUGGACCUGAAGCCUCAGAACAUUCUCCUCAGCUCCCUGGAAAAUCCUCAUCUCAAGCUGGCAGACUUUGGCUUUGCGCAGUACAUGUCUCCGUGGGACGAGAAGCACGUGCUCCGAGGAUCCCCGCUCUACAUGGCCCCCGAGAUGGUGUGCAGCCGGCAGUAUGAUGCCCGCGUAGACCUGUGGUCCACAGGAGUCAUUCUCUAUGAGGCGCUGUUCGGGAGGCCGCCAUUUUUCUCCAAAUCAUUUGCUGAGCUGGAGGAGAAAAUCCGCAGCAACCGCGUGAUCGAGCUGCCCAGCCGGCCCCGGCUUUCCCAGGAGUGCCGGGAUCUCUUGCAGCGCCUCCUGGAGAGGGACCCGCAGCAGCGCAUCUCCUUCGAGGAGUUCUUCGCCCACCCCUUCGUGGACAUGGAGCACAUGCCCAGCUCCGAGAGCCUGAGCAAAGCGACCGCCCUGGUCGUGGAAGCUGUAAAGAAGGAUCAGCAGGCAGACCCCGCGGCGGCCCUCUCGCUCUACUGCAAGGCCCUGGAGUAUUUUGUCCCUGCCCUACACUAUGAAACUGAUGCGCGGAGGAAGGAAGCGAUCAGGUCAAAGGUGGGUCAGUACAUCUCGCGAGCGGAGGAGCUCAAGGCCCUGGUGACGUCCAACAACAAGACCCUCCUGCAACAGGGCAGCCCCACCCGGAACAUCCUCCGAGAGAUGGCCAGGGACAAACCCCGCCUGUAUGCCGCGCUGGAGGUGGCCUCGGCAGCCAUCGCAAAGGAGGAGGAGGGCAAGGAUGACUCGGACACGCUUGAUCUCUACCAGCAGAGCCUGGGCGAGCUGCUGCUUAUGUUAGCUGAGCCCGUGGGCCGGAGGCGGGAGCUGCUUCACGCCGAGAUCCAGACUCUUAUGGGCCGGGCGGAGUAUCUGAAAGAGCAGAUCAAGGUACAGGGGGACUGGGGGUGGGUGGAUUCAGCGUGUGGGGUGAGGGCCGGGGUGUAA